ACACAACGCCGUCAAGGAUUAGUAAAUGUUGACCGGUGGACGAAGUGUGGGGAAUCCUUUCUCCCCUUCCCCCCAACCUCCCUAUCUCGACGGCGGAAGGCGAAACAAUGGCGGCAGCAAAUGGUAUGGCGGAGUUUGCAGGCCUACGCCACAACGGGCUCAAAUUUCUGCUAGAUCCGGUAGAUAGGUAAUGUCUGAACUGUAUAAAUUUCUUCAAUUCGAUCCGGACACGCCCAAGCACAAAUAUAUGUUUGACUCGUAUUCGAUUUCUUUAAUUCCCGCUGAGAGAGGUCAUUGCCGGUGAUGGGCAGCCAGAUCCAUUAGUUUUGAUGGCUGUUGGGCCUUUGGCACCGGCAAGAGCCGACUCGUCGUGCGCAGUUCUGGUGGGAGAACUCGGCGGCACUGCUGAGCAGAGCAAUUCGGCCCGGAAAAGGAAGCAGUCACCAACUCAAUCCGUCUAGUCCACCGGGAUGGUGAACCCAGAUGCACCAGGCUAGGCCUGAAGGCAUACAUAACAAUGAGUGUCUUUUUCUCUAGAUCCAUGGUUCUGAUUUUUUAUUGCCAAAGUCUGUGUCUAGUGGGCAUGACUACUACUGUCAACAAGCUGAUCCUAUGAUUCUGGUAAUAAACCAUGCGUGCAAUUAGCAUAUAUAAUUCUCCCGGUUAGACCAUGUCAACCAUCCGCGAAAUUAGAAUACUUAGUGUUCUAUGGGCAUAGCAUGCCAUCCAUACAUAAAUGAAACAAAAAAAACACGGUAUUGCUAUCGUAUGAAAAGUAACUGCAUCAUCUUGGAAACUGUUAUUUUGAAUUUUUAUAAAAGGUCAGUGACUGCUCUUCGAUUUGUUGAAUUUGCCGCAGAUUCCAGUUCAGAGAGGUCAGUGCAGAUGUUGAGCAGCGAGAUCUAUUCGCUUCGAUGGUUGUUGGGCCAUCCACACCGACACACGUCGAGUCAUCGUGCGCGGUUGUGUUUGGACAACUCGGCGGCACUGCUGAGUAGUGUAAAUCUGCCGGCAAGAGGAAGGAGUCUCAAACUCAGUCCGCCGAGUCCACCGGGAAGGGGAAACCUGAACAGCAGAAUAGCCGUUCUUGUCAGUGUGAGUGUCCUGCAAUGAUCAGAUUGCUUAGAGCUGCGAACAAUGGAUGGUACAUUGAUGAGUACCACUCCAGCCACAACCAUUCAUUGUCUCUGACCUGUGGUGAAAAAGUUCAUUGGCUAUCGCAUAAGCAGUGUACACGAAGGAUUUGGUGAACUGUUGUAGUGGGGCACCUUGGCGGCGCUGCUGACCAACGUGACACAUGCAACAAGAGGAAGGAGUCUCCGACACAAUCCAUGGAAUCCACCGGGAAAGUGAACCCAGAGGCCCCUUGGUGGAUUAGGAGACUAAAAAGAAACGGAGGGAGUAUUUUCGUAUGGAGGUAGUAGUUGUAAAAUGCAAUGCUGAUCCGUUUGUCGCAGAAAGCAUGGUCUGUUCUCUGGUGGGUUGUGUCACUGAUCAGUAAAAUGGGGGUUUCCAUGAUAAAAAAAAAGGUGUUGCUAUAAAUUGAGAUGUCGUCUACAAAACUUGGGAUAUUUUUCCCUUGCAGGUUGAGAGUUGGCCGUGCACCUGCUCACAGAUAACCAUGCCCUGGGGGAGUUACUCCAUUGGAAGAAACAAUCAGGAGGUACGCUGAUAAAUCCUCAGACAGUGUGGUCACGCCAGAAAUUGGAAUGAGUUUUGACUCUCUCAGGGAAGUAUACGAUUUCUGCAACCUUUAAUUAUUUGUGGGAGCUCGAAUUUGGUAUAAGAUAGGCAAGAGCCAUCUGAAUGUCGAGCAGACAAAGUGUAUGUAGGAAAUUAUGUGUGGAUGCUUGGUCAGUACAUAUGACUCAACACUCCAAGAACUUACAUUUAUUUUAAUCUGCUUGAUCAUUGGCUAUGCGUCUGUCUUAACUGCAGCUGGUAAAUUCCUGUUUUAGAGGGGAAGCCUGAGCAGCAAAACAGCCAGUACUACCAGUGCGAAUGCCCUGCGAUGAUUAGGCUUCUGAGAGGAUCUGACAAUGGAUGGUUCAUUGCUGAGCACCGGGCUAGCCAUAACCAUUAAUUGUCACUGACUUGUGGUGAAAAGGUACACUGUCCAUUGCACAACCACAUAGAUGUCUACACAAAAGAUCUAGUGAAGCAACUUAGGGGAAAUAACGUGAAUCUCAACAAGGUGUACAACAUAGUAGGAAGCUUCUUUGGUUCAUCUCUGAAUGUGCCUUUCACGAAGAUGUCACUCCAGAACCUUUCUACACAACAUAGUAGGAAGCUUCCUCGGUUCAUCUCAGAAUCUGCCUUUCACAAAGAGGUCACUACUGAUUCAUGUGUUUGUGCGACAGUACAUGAGGCUACAAUUCGACCGUGAGUCGGAUGAGAGCUACCGGGAGAAGAGGAUACAGAUUAGCGGAGCAGUCAUGAGAGGAAGUAUUGCCAUUGAACAACAUGCAAAUAAGGUUUACACCAGGAAAAUGUUUGAACAAUUUGGUGAGAACCUUUUCAAGGGUCGGGCGUACCAGGUUGAGGAAAUUGUGAAGCACAUUGCAAGACACAACGAUGCCGAGAAAUGUGAGAAGUGGAGAGUGGUUGAUUACAAGGUGACCAUGUUGGAUGACGGCGAGUGGUUCGAGUGUGAAUGCGGGCAAUUCACCCACAUGGGGAUGGUUUGUUGCCAUGCUUUGAAGGUGAUGGGCUAUGUUGUCGUGAAGGAGAUGCUGAAGCGGCACAUCCUCAAGAGAUGGACGAAAGAUGCUAGGGACAUCCUGCCCCGGCAUCUUGCUCACUUCAAAAGAAACCAGGUCGUGAACAAAUCUUUCACCUGCCGCAGCUCGACUCUCUACCUACACGCCAUGGAGCUGGUUAGGCUUGGGGAUUCAUCCGUCAUGACAUAUGAACUCGUACUGGGUCGCUCGAAGGAUAUGAUUGCGGAGGUAAUCACCGCUAGCUGAAACAAGAGAUGGGAUAGGGUUUGAGGAUAGACAAGCAGCAGAAGCGAAUCACAACAACAUUGCAUUGGCAGGCGCAAUUGUCAGCAAUGAGAGGGGGGGCUGACAACAAGAACAGUCUGACCCUUUCUGCUAACUGGGAUGAACAUGCUGGACUGUCUGCUCCGAGCAAGAAAUGUGGUGCCAGGCGACCAUGCAUCAGUAGCAAAAAGGUACCGUAUGAAGGACUAAGUAAAAGGACAAAGUUCUGCAGCAUUUGCAAAUUGCCAUGACAUGAGAAGACUACCUGCCCUGACAGGGGUUACAUGCCAAAACAGCGUCGCAAACCUGCAACCUGCAAGAAUUGUGGCAUCGCCGGACAACCUGCAAGAAUUGUCGCAUCGCCGGACUCCGUCACACUUCAUGCACCAGGCCGUGGGCGCUGCUGCUUCUUAAUAACUUAGAGAAACAUGUAUGAUACUUCCUCUGUAAACUAAUAUAAGAGCGUUUAGAUCACUAUUUUAGUGUUAUAAAUGCUCUUAUAUUAGUUUAUGGAGGGAGUAACUCUGAAUUUUACGUUUUGAGAAUUUUCUAGUGUGUGAUUUCUGCAUGGACCCCCACGCUUGUUCCUCCCUGAGUGUAAACUAGCUGUAUUUGUAACUGUGCUGAAAUGUGUGGAUUUAUAAUAUUUGUUUAUUUGUUUUCUGUA